GCCUGGCGAAUCGCAGCAUUGGUUCAGAUGGACUCUUUUCCUCUACAUCAUCGUCAUUAUCAGCUGUAGAGGAUGCGGGCUGCCUCUUGUUCCUCAUCAUGCGUGCCAUGAUCGAGAACCAGGCGGUUGGAAAGAGCGCGCAUGAUGGAGGUUGACGAGUUUCACAAUCCUGGACAGAUACUUGAUCGUCCAGACCGCAGCCUCGCUUGUGAUCCUCAACAAUGGACAACAAGGAAGAUAUUCAUUCCGCCGAGAGUACAGAUACACAGUCACAGAGCUCGGAGGCACGACCACCCCUUCCACCUCGGCCCAGCGAACUGAAUCUCCUGCGAGUGCGGCCUCCUACCGGCCAUGGCUCACGUCCUCCCACACGACCGGGUCUCGUUGCAGGUCCAACGACCGCAGUGUCUAUGACCGACAUCAGCAGCUUUAACCGACCAGACGGCUCAAACGAAACACGAGUUGCCCUUCCUCGGGCACCAUCAACCCCUUCGAUCCGCGCGCCUACGAGUAAAGGCACAAGCGAAGCUGAGGAGGAUAAUUCUAGCAUAAAAAGCUACGGACCGUCUGGACGGUUUAUCCAAGACACGGAGAGUAUCUUCGACGGUGAUUUGCGAGAUGAACAAGGACGUUCGUUGCCUGUCAGCGAACGAGGGUUGUUUGAGAAAGACUCGGACAGCAUCUACGGUGAAGACGGCGUCGACUUUGACAAGGAGUUUGAAGAGGUCGACGACAAAGCGAUUGGCGAAGAUGUUGCUCACAUGCUGUGGAAGUCUAAGCGCAAACAUUUCAUCAUUCUCUCUGCGGCAGGGAAGCCUAUCUACACAAGGCACGGCUCUGACGCUGUGAUUUCGAGUUAUGUCGGCAUUGUGCAGACCAUCAUCUCCUCCUUUGCCGGAAACGACGACCAGUUAAGGAGCUUCCAGGCAGAUGGAGUGCGGUUCGUCGUACUGUCCCAGACAAAUCUGUUCCUGGUUGGGAUCACGAGUCUACCGGAAAGCGAGGUCCAACUACGCGUCCAGCUUGAAGCUUUGUACAUGCAGAUUCUGUCGACCUUGACAUUGCCUACGCUGACACAUAUUUUUUCGGUACGUCCUUCCACUGAUCUGAGGAGACCGUUGCAGGGCACAGAAGUCCUGCUAUCGUCACUCGCAGACAGCUUUACGCGCGGCUCUCCAUCGACACUCUUAUCUGCGCUGGAAUGUCUCAAAAUUCGUAAAUCGCACCGACAUGUGAUUAACAACACCAUGAUCAAAGCGCGUGUCGAUGACCUGCUCUAUGGUCUCGUCGUGGCUGGUGGGAGGCUUGUCAGUGUCAUCCGACCCAAGAAACACUCGCUACAUCCGAGUGACCUUCAGCUGAUAUUCAACAUGCUCUUCGAGGCUGAAGGAAUCAAAGCUGGAGGUGGUGAUUCCUGGGUUCCUAUCUGUCUGCCAGGCUUCAACAACACCGGUUAUCUCUACAUGUACGUCAGCUUCCUAGACAUGGGUGGUGAUCAGGUACGCGAACUUGCCGAAAACGAGCGUAUAGCGCAGGAAGACUCUGUCGCCAUCAUCCUACUAAGCGCCAACAAAGAGAGCUUCGAGGAUAUGCAUAGCAUGAAGAAUUAUCUGGUCCACGAAUUCCGUCGCAACAGAAGUAUGCAUAUCAUUCAUGCUGCUGUACAAGCUGGUCGUCCUGCCACGACAGACAUCAUCGCUGGGACUGUCCUGCGCCACUUUCUCUACAAAUCCAAGGGAAAUGUCCAGUUCUUCAUGCCUUCUUACUCGCCGAGCUUCGAAACUUUGAAGCAGCGCAGGCGUCUGAUGUCGCUGUAUCACAAGUUGCACGCGGCUGUCCAUGCCAAGCAUGCCGCGGUCAAGGUUGUUCAUAGCAUCAGCACGACUGCGACAGCAUUGGCCUGGGUGACGCCUAUGUUCGAGCUUUAUUGUGUGGCUGGUCCAUCGGCGUCCAGGAAUGCUCUGGCGCAAAGUGCGAAUAAGGUAGUCCAGUGGAUUCAGAGGGAGGAAGAGCGUGUAUUCAUCAUAGGCGGCGCCGUAUUUUGAGCGUCGUUCUCUCCUUCAAGCAGGUAUAUGUAGAGGGCUCAAUCCUAAGACUUUGCUCUCCG